AUGCCCCUCCCCGUCAAGGAGACGGUAACGCGCCUCGUCGCCAUCUCCAAGCUGUUACUACUAUCCUACAUAAUCGACUGGGUAUUCAUCAUCGGCCUCGCCCUAAUCGGCUACGGAUUCUACAAACAACCCCCAAACCACCACCCCUUCAGCCUAACCGAUCAAACAAUCAGCUACCCCUACACCAAAGAAACCGUAACAACAAAGACCCUAGUCCUAGUCUGUCUCUUCGCACCAGCAAUCCUAAUCCUCCUAAUCUCAUGGCUUGUCAUACCACCAAAAGCAACCUCCGACUCCAGCUCCAGCUCCAGCUCCACCUCCCCCACCCGCAAACCCCCCGCAGCGCAAUACAUCCGCCGCAAAUUCUGGGAAUGGAACGUCGGCUGGAUGGGGCUUGCGUUGGCACUCGCAAGCGCUUGGACAGCUACACAGGGAUUGAAGGUUCUUAUCGGAAAACCGAGACCUGAUAUGCUGGCGCGCUGCAAUCCGGAUGUAGACCGCGUUGCGGAGUUCACGGUUGGUGGGCUUGGGGAUUCGGUGAGGGGUGCUGUGACACUUGUUUCGUGGGAAAUUUGUCGCGAUAAGAGUAAUUCGUUGCGGAUUGAUGGGUUUGCUAGUUUUCCCAGUGGGCAUUCUUCUUUCGCCUUUGCCGGACUAGUCUAUCUAACCCUCUGGCUAUGCUCAAAAUUCUCCGUCGCAUUCCCCUAUCUCCCGCGCUACCCGAUCGAAGACCAAAGCCACCGUGAUGACAGUACAUCCGUGCGGAAACGCGGCGCCGCGCCACCCGUCUACUUAAUGCUACUUGCGUUCUUUCCAACUGCCACAGCGUGCUUUAUUGCCGCGUCGCGUUGGUUCAAUUACAGACAUCACGGCUUUGAUAUUCUCUUCGGCGCGGCCAUCGGCAUUUUCUUCGCUUAUAUCGCUUUUAAAAUGUACCAUCUCCCGAUUCGCCGCGGCGCGGGCUGGGCUUGGGGUGCACGCAGUCGGGGACGCGCUUUUGCGCGUGGGGUUGGAGUUCCUAGUUCGCUCGGGACUGAUGGGUGGGCUGGUGAGAGGGGAUUGGAUGUUGAUGUUGAGGGCGCGGCUGCGGUCAGGGAGAUGGUGUUGAGGGGUCAGGGUCAGGCACACGCGCAGAGACAUUUCAAGCCGGAGAGUGGUGAGGGUAUGUCUGUUAGGCUUGAGGGGUGA